AUGCAGGCAGGAAUCCUGGUGCUAAUUCAGUCCGGCACAGUGGUGCUCAUCUUCCCGGUCCUACUGAAACUGGAUGUCAUGCGGCGUGCCAAACAGCGUAUGGACGUCCUUUGCUGUCUGCGCCAGACU